UACUUGACGUAUCUGUUGUGGCACUAAACUCGCAUAAUGAAGUUGGUUAUAAUUGUUCUGGCCCUGGCGGCUUUGGCGAAGGCAACAGAGUUGCCCAGCAAUACUGUUUAUGGAUAUUUGGAGAAGAGUAUCCCUGCCGCGGAGAAGAUUAGGAAGGCUGAAGAAGAAUAUCUGUCGCAACAACGGAUCAUCGGAGGAGUCCCGGCCGCGGCGGGACAGUACCCAUGGCAGGCUGGCCUUCUGAUUGACUUGAUCGGCCUGGACGGCAUCGGCGUGUGCGGCGCGUCUCUACUGAACGCCCGCCGUCUGGUGACAGCCGCCCACUGCUGGUUCGACGGCCGCAACCAGGCGUGGCGGUUCACCGUGGUGCUGGGCUCCCCGUUCCUCUUCAGCGGAGGCGUCAGGGUCGAGACCAGCGCCGUCGUCACCCAUCCUAACUGGACCCCCUCCCUCAUCAGGAACGACAUUGCUGUCAUCUACCUCCCCAACAGUGUGCCUCUUGGCCAGUUUAUCGCUCCAGUCACUCUGCCAGGUAUUAGAGAGCUGGACCAGACCUUUGCUGGAGUUAGUGCCGUCGCUUCUGGUUUCGGCCUUACCCAAGACGGUGGCAGUGUGAGCGGCACCCUGAGCCAUGUGCGCCUGAACGUGAUCACCAACAGCGCGUGCUCCUGGGCGUUCCCGCUCAUCCUGCAGUCCAGCAACCUUUGCACCAGCGGCGUGGGCACCGUGGGCGCCUGCAGCGGGGACUCCGGCGGCCCUCUCGUUAUCGAGGGCAACAACGGAAGCAUUCUGAUCGGCGUGGUGUCCUUCGGGUCUGGGCUGGGUUGCGAAGCCAACCUCCCCUCAGUCUUCGUCAGGGUUACAUCUUUCCUGGACUUCCUCCACCAGCAUAUUUCUUGGUGAAUUAACACCAACAAUGAUCAUUUGAAAUACUUGAACGACUUAAACCAGAGAAGAAGAAUUGAAUAAAUAUUUUU